UGUAGCGUUAGGGCUUGUGCCAGAGCCUGGGCGGCGGUCUGAGGGGCCUGAAGACUGCGGGAGGGAGACGGCAGCAGCAUGGCGGCAGGGUAUGAGCUGCCCAACCCUCCUCUUCCCCGCUGUCGCCGCCGCCGCCGCCGGAGUCGUUGGGACCCUUUAGUCUGCGUGUGUUAGUUGUAAGCCCACUGCCCGCCCGUCAGCCCUCCGACCCACCGGCCCUCCUUCCUUUCAUCGCCACUGUCAGCCUGAGGGUCGGCCCGGCGGGUUAACUCCCACCCGUGCCACAAGCCUGCGGGCCGGGACCAUGGAGGACAUGAAGCUGGAGUUCCCCUCGCUCCCACAGUGCAAAGAAGAUGCUGAGGAGUGGACCUAUCCAAUGAGACGAGAGAUGCAGGAAAUUUUACCUGGAUUGUUCUUAGGUCCAUUUUCUUCUGCUAUGAAAAGCAAGCUAUCUAUACUACAGAAAUAUGGAAUAACACAUAUAAUUUGCAUAAGACAAAAUAUUGAAGCAAACUUCAUUAAACCAAACUUUCAACAAUUGUUUAGAUAUUUAGUCUUGGAUAUUGCAGAUAAUCCAGUUGAAAAUAUAAUACGUUUUUUCCCCAUGACUAAAGAAUUUAUUGAUGGGAGCUUACAAACUGGAGGAAAAGUUCUUGUCCAUGGAAAUGCAGGAAUCUCCAGGAGUGCUGCCUUUGUUAUUGCAUACAUAAUGGAAACAUUUGGAAUGAAGUACAGAGAUGCAUUUGCCUAUGUUCAAGAAAGAAGAUUUUGUAUUAAUCCUAAUGCUGGAUUUGUUCAUCAACUUCAGGAAUAUGAAGCCAUCUACCUAGCAAAAUUAACAAUACAGAUGAUGUCACCACUCCAGAUAGAAAGGUCUUUAUCUGUUCAUUCUGGUACCACCGGCAGUUUGAAGAGAACACACGAAGAUGAUGAUGAUUUUGGAAACAUGCAAGUGGCGACUGCACAGAAUAGCUGACUCCAGCAACAUUAUAGAGGAUGUGAAUUUCUAUUUGGGAAGCAUAAAAUAUUAGACACAGUAAUAAUGUAAAAUGGUAUAAACAAAGUAGUUCCUUUUCAAUUAUAUAUUGCUUCCAAAUCUGUUUCUCUGCAACUUGUCAAGCAACAUUUUAAGAUGUUGGACUUCUGCAACGGAUGGCACUGAAGGUUUUACUUUUUUUUUUUUUUUUUUACAUGUUAUAGUUUUAUUAUUAUUAUAAACCAAGAAUUUUGGACUUGCAAAGAGGUAUUGCAAUAAUGCACUUUUCAUACUUGAAAUUUAUUUGUAUGAUAUAAAGUUAUUUACUUUAAACAAGAUGCAAGCUAGAGGGGAUUUGUUUAUAAAAUCUGGGUAAUUUAUAGCAAAAGAAUUUACUAAAGUUUGCUAAAAAUCAUUUUGUGUUCUAUAUAUUACAUUUUAAACUAAUUUUACAGUUCAGUUUUAUGAUGGAGCCUCUUACAGAAACAUUAAUGCCGGAAUCUGCCACAUUUCUUCUUUAGUACAAUUCAAUAGCUUAAUUACCCUUUUAUUUUAAACUUAUUAAUCCCUUAUUAAUAAUCUUUAAAUCAUGAUAUUAGCCAACUAUGCUUACUUUAACAUGAUCCAAGUAUUCCCUCCGUUCCUAUUACUUUCCUAAUUUUUUUCCUAGAAAAUAGUUUAAUGAACAAAAGAAAAUACUUUGCUUCAUAAUACCAGAUUCUCAAAAAUUGAGUUUUAGGUUUUCAAGUGACUUUCCUUUUUUGCAUUUCUUCAAGGCCAAAUGUUGUGUUUGUUCUUUUCAGAGUUGCUUAGCCCAUUUUUUUGUUUUUUGUCCCAGAUGGUUCUAAGUAGACUAUAAGAAACCAAUGUAGCACUGUUUUUCUCCAAAUGAAGCCCAAAAAAGAAAAGUGCCUUGCAUCAUUUAAAAAAAUAAAAAUAAAUCCUCAUGACCUCUAAAUAAGUAUGAGAGCAGUGAAAAGUUUUUAACAUCUUUUUGUAAUUUAUUUUCUUCUUAAACCAUAUAUUAUUUUAAACUGAAAGCCUGAGGCUUGAAGAAACUCAGUAAAUUACUUGGGAUAAGAAACAUUUAAUCCAUUUUUAUGUUGUCUUAAUGAUUCUGUGAGGUGGUUGUAGCUCAGACAGCAGCUUUUCUUUGAAGAUGCAUUUAUUGAGGAAAGUGAUUUGUGGGAGACUUUAGUGUAUUUUAGUGUUUUAAUUCUUUACAUUGAGUUAAUCCAAAUUUCCCCUACAAUUUGCAUUAGCAAAGUCACUUUAUGGAUCCUUGGUUCUCCUCGUUUUUAUUUACACAUAAUAAAAAUUGUUCUAAGAGAAACAUUUUUGCUAUUUUAAAUAUAGUGGGAGGAGAGGAGUAUUUUUAACUUUGUAUAGUUGAUUUAGGGUAGCACAAACAAAACUUUGUAUCUCACUUUUCUCAGUCCUCUUUGAGGUGCUUUACUGAUGGGAAUGAUUUCCAUACAUUCCCCUUGGUACUAAGAGGUACUACAAGGUAACCAGUUAUACCAAGUUACUUGUUUUGGUUUCCUCCCUAAGGUGUAAUUGUAAAGUAAAAGCUUUUUUAUUCAGCACAGCAGGAGGGUGGAAAUGAAUUGAAAUUGCUUUUAAUUAAAUUGUUAACUAAGAGUUAAUUCAUGUUCAUCCAGCUAGUAUUGCUCUUCUGGUUGCCCUUCUCUUCCCCUACUUUGCCACCCUGAAAACAGUACAUGGUUAAUCUCACUGUUGUCUUGAAUUUUGUUAUGUGAUUAGGUUAUUUGGUGUGGUGGUCUAGUAGAGUCAAGAUUUGCAUUGUAUUCAGAAAUUCCAGUUGGUAAAGUGCCAGAUAACACAGCUUUCCUGUAUAUAGAGCACUGUUGGAUAGGUCAGCAAAGAUUUCUUGCAAUCUGGUAAUCUGUGAUGCAGAAACUCUGCUUGAAAGACUCAUUAAUAGUACAUUUAAGUUUUUAAGAUGUGGCAGUUAAGAUUUUUAAAAAUUAGUUUCUUAAAUAUACAUGUCAUCUCUAGUAGUCUGGCCAAAAAUACAGGUUUGGUUAUUUGUUAGUUUUCCACUUUUUCUAACCACUCUCGUUACGUUGUCACUAAAGUGCCUGUCCAGCACUGUAUAUUAAAGAUUAUUUCACAAACACUAGAAAAAGGGACUGUCAUCUUCUUGAGUAUAUUCACGUGGACAAGAGGUUUAUUCUUUUCUUUCACAUAAGAACAUUGCAAGUUUAUUUGGAUCCAUACUUCCACCUAUAAGGUCUUCUGGUAGCUCUUCUAUUUUUCUGUUUGGUUCUAUUUUUGUAAUUCCUUUAUUUCUUUUAUUUCCACAGAUGUUUUGUGAUAGUUAACUAUAGUACAUUUAACCAAUCACGAUUUACUUUCUAGAACAUUUUAAUGUGGAAUGACAUAGUACCCAAUUUUAAACAUUAAUCUGGGUAUAAUUUAAACAGAAACGGAGUCAAAACAUAGGAAAACUGCUUUACUGUUCAUUUUGAAAGUAUGAAACUUAAAUAUUGAAAAUAUUUAAACUGGAAUAGCAGUAUUCUUACCUUCUACUGUCAGUUGUUUCUUGUUAAUUUCUUAUCUAUUAGAUGUUUAAAACAGCAUUUACCUUUGUUUAUUUUUAUCUGUUCUAUAGUGGAAAUGUUAAACAGUUAUAACUUCUGCUACCAACUCUCAACCACUUAACUUUAGAGCAGAAUAUUGGUUUUGGGGGAUUUUGUGCUUCAUCUGAGUUUAGAAGUAAUGUCAGAAAAUGUUAAGCAUGUUCUUUUUAAGAAAAUAUAAGAUUUCUAAUUGUGUCUUACUAAUAACCAUGGUAAUUUUAAGUGAAUUAGAAGUAUUUAACUGCAAUCUUGAAUUAUAAAGCUGGGAUGCAUAUCAGGCUUUCAACCUAAUGUAAAGUAAAUGAGCAGUUACCUGGUGGAUUUUUAAAAUAACUGGUUCAAUCCAUAAUUCCAUAACAAACCUAGCUUCACUUCAGUUUACUUUGUCCAUUCAACAAUGUUCCAAUAGGAAAUGAUAGGAAAUAGCUGAGAACUAGUAAAAGUUUUUUAUUGAUUAGAAAAGUAAGUUUCUUGGGUCUUUGAAUGCUGGAUUUUUUUUUGUCUUACUCAUCCAUGGCAGCUAAAAAAACAACCACUCAAUAUAUUCAGGUUUACAUAUUAACUCUCUUAUAGGGAGUUGCCAUACCUCACAGUUCAAAGUGUAUUCUAUUGAUCAGUAACAUUAUACUGACAUGUAAUUGCAAUUUACUAUGCAGUAAAAAUGAUUCAAGAAGAAAAAUAACCUACAGUAUCUAUUUACCUUUGUAUAGGCAAUUGUUUAAGUUACUCUGCUUUUAACAUUUGUACUUGGAUAAAAUGCUUAUGUGUAUAUAUAGGAAUGUCACAGUGCAAGAUGCUGCUAGCCCAGGCACAAAGUAUUAAAAUUAUUUUGUGAAGACUGGUGGUUGUAUUAAAACUGUUGUGCCAUUAUA